AGGGUGUGAGCGUUUUAGAUUGUUUUCAAAAUUUUGGACGUAAUCCAACUUUUGAUUAGAAAUGAGCCUAAUUUUUGAUUUAUUAUUUAUUACGUUGGAUGUUAGUAAUUUCUUCUGAAUUUCGAUAAACUAUCUCGAGACGCCAUUACGUAACUGCAGUAUAUUGCUUAGUAUUCAUUUAUCGACACAGCAGCUGAUUCCCAUUUACGAAUUCCCACGCUGCAGAGAUCUCUGCGACCGAGAUUCGAGUUCGCCCAUUUUUGCCUUUACCCAAGUUUACUGAGUGAGCGCUCCAUUCACCUGCGACGAGUCAGUGGUGUAAGCUGUUUUCUGGAUGAAGUUUUUUAGUUGUUGGCAGUCUUGAAUGGGUUGAGUGUGGUGGAAGGAAGUAAAACCUGGAAUCUUUGUUGAAUAUAUUUUAAGAAUUGCGAACUGAAGUGCCACUUGUACAUGGUUUCUAGGGAAAUCCGUACAGUCGCACAUGUGUUUCAGAAUUUUGGCGUGUAACAUUAGAAAGAAAAACUGGAUGUCCGUCCUGUGCAGGCUGCGUAUAACUCAGUCCGAGGGAAGUGCCAGCAUCUGACGUUGCUGUAUCGCGGGGGGUCUCUAUUUUAGUUUCUGAUUGUGAGUUUGCUCACCCACCCCCAAAAUGUCGCUGCUCUCGAAGUGUGGCAUAAGGAUUGGCCGUCCAGCAGCAAACUUUGGCGAACUAUUAAAAAAUAGCUUUCCAGCGCUUGGAUUUGCUGCACAGCAAGUCCGAAACCUCGCCGUACAUGAAUAUAUCUCGAUGAAGAUCCUUCAGGAUGCAGGAGUGCCUGUACCAAAAUUCGAAGUAGCUGAUACUCCCAAAGCUGCUCGGUCUGCUGCAGAAAAAAUAGGAAGCAAAGACUUGGUGAUCAAAGCACAAGUUUUGGCCGGUGGGCGAGGGAAAGGAUACUUCGAUUCGGGCUUGCGAGCUGGUGUCAAGAUGGUGUUCUCACCCGAGGAAGUGGAGCAAGUAGCGGAAAAGAUGAUUGGAUAUAAACUGAUUACUAAACAGACGGGCGAACAGGGACGGAUAUGCAACCAAGUGAUGAUUAGCCAGCGUUUAUUUACGCGACGAGAGUUUUAUUUUGCGGUUGUUAUGGAUCGAGCUACUCAGGGCCCAGCAUUUAUCGCGAGCUCACAUGGUGGAGUAAAUAUCGAAGAAGUUGCCCGUGAUUAUCCGGAUGCCAUUAAAACCUUUCCCAUCAAUAUUGAAAAGGACCUUACUACAGCAGAUUGCCUUGAAUUCGCAAAAUCGGUUGGAUUUGACGAUUUAUCCGAAGAAGCUGCGAAGAUUAUGAUGAAAUUGUAUCGAAUAUUUCUCGACAAGGACGCUACAACGGUGGAGAUUAAUCCGUUAGCUGAAGACUCUAGUGGCAAAUUAUAUUGUGUGGACGCCAAACUGAAUUUCGACGAUAAUGCCGAGUAUCGACAAAAGGAGACCUUUGCAUUGCGUGAUUGGAGUCAGGAAGACGAACGGGAGACGAAGGCGGCCAAAGCUAAUAUUAAUUACAUUAGCCUCGAUGGGAACAUCGGCUGUCUCGUCAACGGAGCCGGUCUGGCCAUGUCAACAAUGGACAUUAUAAAGUUGCAUGGCGGAUCGCCGGCUAAUUUCCUUGAUGUGGGAGGAGGUGCCACUGCGGAACAAGUAAUGGAUGCCUUCAAAUUAAUCACAUCCGAUCCCAAUGUACAAGCCGUGCUAGUGAAUAUUUUCGGCGGCAUUAUGCGCUGUGAUAUUAUCGCGAAAGGGAUCAUAUUAGCGGCAGAGAAAUUAGAAUUAAAAGUUCCUAUUGUCUGCCGACUGCAAGGCACCAACGUCGACGACGCUAAAGUUCUUAUAGCCAGUAGUGGACUCAAAAUUCUGGCUGAAGACAAUCUGGACGAUGCUGCGAAAAUGGCUGUCAAGCUCGCCCAGAUUGUCCGGUUAGCGAAAGAAGGUGGACUUCAUGUGAAAUUUGAACUGCCUAUUUAAACAAAGCGUUUUAUUUUGUCAACAGAUGGAUUGUACAAUCUCGUUUUUCUGAGUAAGCUUUAUUAUUCUAUAGUACGAUAUUUUGAUGUCCGAGUGUGUUUAAAAAGUCCAUUGGUCAGCCCCGACACUACCGGUCCUAGUCGUUGCUAACACUUUGUUUUACGAUGCAUGAAUUCAGUUGUACUUGUGCUAAAUGGUUUGACUUCGUUCACUAUGUUGUGAUA